AGAAGCAGCAGGAAAAUCAGAAAAAGGCCCUUGAAGUCCUGCAGGGCCGGAGCAGCGGGGCUGGAGGAGGUGGCCUCUCCUUACAGGAACUCUGCUGAAGAUCACGUGGACGAGCCAGAAGCCUCUUCAGAAGAACUUCCUGCUCUGGAUGAGAAGCCUGUUCUGGGUUUGAGUCUCCUUUGUUUCACAGGACUCUGCUGGUCUGCUUUUAGGACUUGUGUAAAUGUCUCCUUCUUCUUCUUCUGCAGUCAGAAGCGGUUGCGUUUCUUCUUCUCCUCCCUCUUGAGGACGUUACCUGGAGUCCAGCGCAGGUGGAAGUCGGCCAGCAGCAGUUCCAGCAGAGGCCAGACGGGGGUGCUGCCGGACAGACAGAGCACAGAGCCCUGGAGGGACUUUGACAGGUCGAAGGUGUACACAGCUGAUCUGGAGUCAGCCCUCCACUACCUGCUGAGAGUCGAGCUGGCCACCCACAGCACCCUGGAGGGGGAGGAGCUGAAGAUCUUUAAGGACUUCGUCACCUUGGUUGCAAAGUUGUAUCCAGGUGGAGGCUCUGUGGUGAAGCUGAUGGAGACUCUCUCUGAUUGGCUGCUCAGUUUGCCGCUGCAGCGAAUCCCCUACCAGGCCGUCCUGGACCUGGUGGACAACAAGAUGAGGAUCUCAGGUGUGUUCCUGGGGGCGGAGCUUCGCUGGGUUGGCUGCCAGGGCAGCAGGGCGGGGCUUCGAGGUUACCCGUGUUCCCUCUGGACUCUGUUCCACGUCCUGACCGUCCAACACGAUGCCACGCCGGCCGCACUGGAAAACACAGGUCUGGAGGCCGAGGCGGCGCCGGUGCUGCAGGUGAUGCGUCGCUACAUCCGGACGUUCUUCGGCUGCGAGCAGUGCGGCCGACACUUCGAACAGGCGGCGGCGGCCAGCAUGGAGAAAGUCCGGACCAGAGAGGACCAGGUCCUCUGGCUGUGGAACCAGCACAACAGGGUCAACUACAGACUGGCAGGUACACACAGAGUCCAUCUGUAGGUCAGAGGUCACGAC